AUGGCUUGCAUAAAUCAAGGUGAACCAAUAACCCCCAGAGUGAAAUUCAGAACAGUGCAAAAAAUUAAAACGCAAAAAUACAUUUCCGACCAGGCAUAUUUAAUUCCAGAGAAUGGUGGCACUGCUGUGUAUUUGAGUUAUGAACUAAAUAGGACACUAGAAAAUAUUUUUAAUAAUUAUUCUAUAAAUGGAUACAUGGGCGUUAACGAGUUUGUUAAAAUGUGCUACGAAUACAACUUGUUGCCGAAAAAUAGAAACAGAAAUAUUUUGUACUACAUAUUCAAGUCAUCCAAACCAUCUGACGAAGACUACAUAGAAUAUAGAUUCUUUUUCCAGCUACUCCAAAAACUCAGUGCGUACUUAUUUCGCAAAUUAAUCAUGACGGAGCAGGAAAAGCUUAACGUGCUAAUCAAACACCUGACUUCCUUAUGCAACUCGAAGAUAAGCACACACAAGGAGAAAUACAAUGUAGGUAUACAAGUCUCGGUGAGGAAAGAAAACAAAGGCACCAACGCCGUUUGCGACAUGAUUGACCAGUGCUGCGAUACUUCAGUUGAAGUAAAAAGUGUAGCCACAGCGAUGGAUACUAUGGACAGUAUGAACGAUAAGGACAAUUUACGGGAAAGACACGUUAAUCAAGGAAGAGAAUUCCAAAAGGAAAAAGAUGAGGUGUCUGAUGAAAAUAACAAUGGGAAUACUUCCCACACACAAGAAAUUACCAUUUCUGAUGAACAAAAAAUGAAGGAAAGAAUAAAUGAAAUUGAGAAAUUAAGCAUCCACAAAGAAGACAUGAACGAAAGGUUGAAGGAAGAAAUAAAUAAUGCCUUGAAUAUCAUCAAAGAGAAAAAUAAGGUUAUCGAAAAUAUGAAAAAAAGUAAUAUACAACAACUGGAGGCAGAAAGAGUAAAAAUUAUUCACCUGAAAAAUGAAAUACAGAAAUUGCAAAAUGAAAAAGGAGUGGUUGAUUUAAACAAGGAGAGUAUGUCUCACUCAAGUUUUAAAAACGGGGAGGAAGAGACAACCCACAGGAAUGAUAUAACAACUACAGACAUGCAACAUAUGAAGUGGAAAAUUUUGGACAAUGAGCAUUUAAAAUUAAAAAGACUUCUAGUCCUCCCUGGGGAAGAGGAGGCAGCACUGAUCAAAGUCUUUUCCGCAUACAGCACCUACUGCGGCGAAACUGCAGAGUAUGUAAUGAGCAAAAGGAACUGUGCGAAUUUUCUGGCGACUUAUUAUUUGCUCCGAAAAAAUGGGGAAAGCACAGCGCAGGAGGACUUAGACGUGAAGACAGCAGAUAUCUUGUUCAACGAAGUGUUGUAUAAACGGGCCCAUGCAGAAAAGACCAACGUCGGUGAGGGCGUAUUGACCUACUUUUAUUUCAAACUGUUCCUUAGCAGAUUAGGGAAACAUCUAUACCCGCAGCUUGAAGAAAGGGAAGGGUUCCUAGAGAUCGUAUUAAAUUACAUACUAGUUAUGAAGCGAAAUGAAGACUUCAAGAAUUGGAAAAAAAAAAGCAUAAAGAUAAAAAAAAAAAACAAAAUAAGAAUAGCCUGCUCAGACGAUUUGAACUUGUUCGGAGAAAACAUCGUGGGAGGGUACACGAGUAGCGAAAAAGGAACGACAUGCGAUAAAUUAAAGAAGAAAAAGGAAAAGGCUAAGCAGAAUACAGACAACAUCACGAACAAUUUGUUGUCUGAAAAUGGAAAAACUGCAUAUUCUCACACAGAUCUCUCAUUUGAAUAUAUCGAAUCGAAUGAAGCAAAAAAGAAGAUGAACACGAACAAGAGUCGCGAAAAUAGCAUAAACAAAAUGCAUGAAGAAAGACUUAACCAUAACGCCGCUGAUGGUAAUACUAAUGCAAGUACUACCCGCACCACAAGUGGUAAGGGUAACUUUUUAAAAAGCAAACUAAUAUACAAUAAUUUGAUACAUUAUGAUGAAGUUAGUAAGGAGGGCCGCAGCUCUUUAGAUUCAGUUCAAUCGGAUGACUUUGCCUUGACGUGUAAAAAAAAAAACGCCCUUAUGCAACCUUUAAAAAUAAAGCAUAACUUUAAUUUAUCGAAAAAACAUUUCCGAAAUCUUACAUCUUCCAAUAUGAAGCCAAAUAGCAGUUUGAAGAAUAUGUUUCCGCUGUAUGACAUUGAGGGAGAAUUAUGGCAUUCUAAGUCAGAGAGGAAAAAAACCUUCCUGCCUCAAUUUGGGCGUGGAUAA